UGAAGCUAACUUGAAACUGAAGAGAAGGAUAAGGUUGUUUUGGUGGAUGAUUGAGGGGUUAAUUAGAACCACAUUGCAAGGAUGGGGCAGAGGGAGGCUGGUGCGGUAUAUCGAGAGGCAGAGCUUGCCCAGGACUUGGUCUGAAUUUUUGCUUCAGCCCCAGAAUCUGGAGAGUAAUUAUGGAGGGGUUCAGAGCGUAUGCAAUGUGUCUUUUCCCAAUAUCUCAGUUUACCUACCGCCAUAAAGUGGUGGCAUAGGAAGUGUACCUUCCUGGAAGCCCCAAGUCACUUUUUAGAGCUGCCUUGUGGGAGAAAGGGGUGGGGUGGGUAAGAAUGACAGCCCUGAGUCACAGUUUUUUGUCAUAUAAUCACAUGGCUGGAGGAUUUGUGAUGGGGCUGAUCUCCUUCUGUAUAUAUUUUUUUUCUUUUUCUCUUUCCCAUCUUUAGGAGUCAGAGUGUAACCAUCACUGUCCAACAUCAGACCCCGGAAUAUGCAUUUGUCCCUGCACAUGGUUAUGAGCUUUAGAGUGUCGGAGCUGCAGGUGCUUCUGGGGUUUGCGGGCAGAAACAAGAGCGGACGGAAGCAUGAGUUGCUCACGAAGGCAUUACAGCUGCUGAAAUCCGGCUGCAGUCCGGCAGUUCAGAUGAAAAUCAAGGAAUUGUACCGCCGACGGUUCCCCCGGAAGAUCCUGACCCCCUCAGACUUAUCCAUGCUCCACCUUCAGACAGGACAGCUGCCGUCGGCCACAGCGCUGACCCAGGGCACUAUGUGCCACUUGCCCUACAAUAAUGGAUCUGUGACUUCCACUGUGCCGGCCGGUAUGUUGCCCCCGGUGCCUAUGUUGGGACCCAAACACGAGACUGAUGUUCCACAUUUGUCGCCGCCCAUCCAUCCGGUCCAUCCUGACGUCAAGAUGAGGCGGUUACCCUUCUAUGAUGUCUAUGAUGAACUCAUCAAACCCACCACAUUAGCUUCCGUGAACAGUCAGAGAUUCGAGGAGGGUCAGUUCUCUUUUGUCCUGACGCCUCAGCAGGUGCAGCAGAUCCUCACCUCGCGAGAUAUCUUACCUGGUGCCAAAUGCGAUUACACCGUACAGGUUCAGUUAAGGUUUUGUCUGUGUGAAACCAGUUGCCCACAAGAGGACUACUUUCCUCCUAAUUUAUUUGUGAAGAUCAAUGGAAAACUUUGCCCCCUUCCUGGUUAUCUUCCUCCCACAAAAAACGGUGCAGAGCCCAAACGACCAAGCCGACCCAUCAACAUCACCCCUCUGGUGCGGCUUUCUGCAACAGUCCCCAAUAGUAUUGUGGUGAACUGGUCCUCUGAGUUUGGCAGGAAUUAUUCCCUGUCUGUUUACUUGGUGAAACAAUUGACGUCUGUGACGUUGCUACAGAAACUGAGAGCUAAGGGCAUCCGGAACCCAGACCACUCACGGGCUCUGAUCAAAGAAAAGUUGACAGCUGAUCCUGACAGCGAGAUUGCAACAACAAGUUUACGAGUUUCUCUCAUGUGCCCGCUGGGCAAAAUGAGGCUGAUCGUCCCUUGUCGAGCGUACACCUGCACCCACCUCCAGUGCUUUGACGCUGCUCUUUAUCUUCAGAUGAACGAGAAGAAGCCAACGUGGACCUGUCCCGUUUGUGACAAGAAGGCCCCCUAUGAGGCCCUGAUCAUUGACGGUUUGUUCAUGGAAAUCCUCAACUCGGUCACAGAUUGUGAUGAGAUCCAGUUCAUGGAAGAUGGCUCCUGGUGCCCUAUGAAACCCAAGAAAGAAAACCAGGAAGUUUGCCAGCCAUCAGCUUACAACGGAGUGGAAGCAAAUUCCUUAUACAUGGUGGGUCCCGAUGGGAAGCAGCUAGCCGAAAGCAAGAAGAAAGUGGAGGUCAUUGACCUCACAUUAGAUAGUUCUUCGGACGAUGAGGAGCCCCCCACAAAGAAGCAGUGCCCUGUCACCACCGCAGCCAUUCCAUCUGCAGCCGGACCCAAGGGGGUGCUGAACACUGACCACCAACCAUCCUCAGUCCUGCGGAGCCCCCCAAUGGCAGCCGUGGGCAGCGACUACCUACCCAGCCUUCCAAUCCCUGACUAUCACCCUUCUUACCAGGUCCCGUCAGAUAUCCAAGGUCUGGAUUUGUUUUCCUUCCUUCAAAGUGAAAAUCAGCAUUACAGCCCUUCCGUGAUCACCUCCCUGGAUGAGCAGGACACCCUGAGCCACUUCUUCCAGUACCGUGGCCCCUCUCCGCAUUUUAUGAACCCCCUUGCUCCUGUUGUGGUGGGAUCCCAUGGCGGUGUUGGGUCCCCCUCCAGCGGCCGGCUGAACAGCGUUGUGUCUUCUCCUUCCGCAGCUUUGCGGGAUAACCACGGGCACAACAGCACAGUUGGGGGCAGCCCCGUCUUGCCAAGUUGCCGGCCAGAUAUAAUCUCGCUAGACUAAACAGGGGUGCAAAACUGGACUCCCGUGUGCUGGUGCGGCUUUGUUCCUCCCUGGGAGAGAGAGACAAAAAAAGGUGAAUUUUACUCAAGUCAGCUUGGAAGGAGAUGAAUUGAAUGAGAAUCUUUUCUUUCACCUUCUGGAUUGAGUGUGUUCUGUAUAUUCUGCACAAGAUUCAGAAGAAUGCGGAGUUUGGUAUUGGCUGCAGAAUUCAGUGCCCUGAGAAUCUAUGCUUUCACCGGUUUAUUUUUUGAUCAUGUUUCUAGCCUCUGUGGUCACUGUGUGAGAUGCUUGGAAGCCUGAUGGUGGUGCCAGGUGAAAUCUCAAGAUCAGAAUGCUUGCUGAAAUAAGCAUUCAGCAAUGGGGCAGGGCCACGGUGCCCCCUGACUUAAUGGAAACGGAAUUAAUUACACAGAACUAUCAAAACAAACGCACCAUCUCUUCAAGAUGCAGAAUUUAGUUCUGCUGGGAUGCAAAGCCAGGGUUUCUGUAGCGCAGAAUUGCACGUGACCCGAUUUGCCUUUUUUGGUGCAGAGGGCUGCUAAAAUGGUUUUACCCAGAUGGUCUGAAAACAGCAUACAUUUGGGGGCAGCUGCGCCCAGUGCGUUCAGCAUUUGGUUGGUGGUCGCAAAAGGGAAGGGGGCAUAAGGCAGGAAGUCGAAUAAUCUUGUUUUGGACCAAGUUAGCCUGAAGUUAAAAUGUACAAGCUUCUGAGUUUCACAGCAGUCUUUGAGGCAGAAAUAUGCAUCCAGUGAAGAGUCCCGUAGAACUCACAAGUUGUGCGCACAUCGUUCAGUCUAGGUUUCCCAACCCCACCAAGUUAUUUCUCUACUCUGUGACCUCAGCUUGUCCGCGCAACUCUUUGGUGGGCCAGUCAGCCUGUUGAGAGACUGUAAUGCAGUCUCACAAACCAGAAAGCCAGCAUUGGGAACAAGUGGCCCUUUUCUCACCUCUCUGCACUGUGGCUCCCCUCCCUUCCCAACAUUACUCAUGGUUUAGCAUCAUGUGAGCCUUGGCAGUAACCGUGGUUCCUUCUUCAACCGGAAUUUGAAGCAAGGACUGGUUCCACUCUGAGGUUUUGAUCCCCAUUGGCGUCCUUAAAGCCGUGCUGUUUUCAGGAGCAUCCACCUGACGUCCUCUGUUCCUCUUGCUUCUGUGUUUUCCUCCAGAUUUACUGUGAUAUUUCCCAAACCUGGUUUGGUAUGAUCGUUUUGGAAAGAAUGCAGACAAAGCGCCUUUAGAUGCUAUGUGAACAGGAAGAUGAGGAUUUUUCCAGGUCUUGCCCAUAUUGGCGCCGUUUUCCUUGCCUCAGCCCCCACAGGAACCAUUCCCUCCCCCCCCCCCCACUAACUGGAGGGCUUCUUUGAGGUUUUUUAAAAAAAUCUUUAAAAGGCUGUCUAUUUGCACAAUCAACUGGUUCCCACUUUUCACCUUAAAAAAGACUACAUUUUGAAUACUUUGCAUUUUGGAGUUAUAAGGGGAAAGGUGUAGGCUGCUCUAGCAUAGUGGUUAAGUGGUUGGUCUCUGAGUCAGCAUUCUGCUAGUUUGAAUCCCUCUAUUGUCAUGAACUCACCCGGUGGCCUUAGGUAAGCCACUCCUCUCAGCCCCAGUUCCCCAGCUGUAUUGUGGGGAUAAUAAUAACACUGUGUUCACCACUCUGAGUGGGCACUAAUCUGUCUAGAAGAGCAGUAUAUAAGCAUUGUGCUGCUGCUGCUGUUACUAUUAUUAUUAUCACAUUGUAGGAAUAGGUCAUUAUAAUUUUAUUACACUACAGAGAUCCAGCCAUUCCUAAUAUUUUUUUUGAAAAACCCUCUGCUGGAAUGGAGGGAGUGAUGGCCACCGGGGGCCCAAGGCAAGGAAAACUGGGGAAAACUGCUGUGUGGACCCUUUGUUGCUGCUGAAUGCCUCUGUGUUUGCAGCAGCAACAAGAGCUACACAAAGAAUCGCCUCUGUGUAGAAGCAGUUGUGGUGAGUUUGUAAAUCGUGCUCAUGUGAGUGCCUACUUUGCAUUAACCCUUCUUUGCGUUGGCCCGUUUAGAACAUCAAACCAAGGUUGUUGCCAAACAAGGGGAAGGGGGCGGGGUAUGAUCCUGGAGAAAAGGCAGCCAAUGAGCAGUUGAUGCUCAUACUCCAGGCAGCGACCUGAUUUGCAAAAUCUUCCAAGCCGCUGAUGGUAAGAUUGCACUACAUCAGUGUGCGGAAGUUAGACAGUUUUGCAAAUAAUAUUUUGAAAAAGGUUCUGUCUAAAAAAAUCUUGUGUCCUCUAGCCCAGAAAACUCGGCCUGCUACUGGCAAGACUUCUUGUAGAUCUGAACAGGUAAUAAUUUAUUUUGCCGUUUGAGUUGUGCUUCUCAUGUAUUUGGUUUUGCAUUAAGCACUCCACGGCGCUGUGUGGGAAGCAUUCUUGCCAGCAGACCCACGUAAGGCCUAUGAGUUUCCUCUGGCAUUGCUGUUUUUUUUUAAAUUCUUGCCCAUCCAUCCCUAUUUGUGAUCAGUUACUCUGCCCAGUCUCUUGACUGUUGUUACUAUAAUGUAUUUUUUUAAGCUGUAGGCCUAAAAUUUUCCUCCUCCCCCUUCCUCUUUAAGAUAUUUCCUACCAAUCUUGUACAGAGAACAAAUGAUAUCUAUAUCUAUAUCUAUAUUAUAGUAUUCUAUAUUUUCAGUUUUUGUACAUACAAAACUCCAAAGAUCUUUCUGGUUUUCUUUUUCCUUUCUUUCUUUAUGAAGACGAAAUGAAGGUUGCGCCUUCCUCCCUGCAGAUGGUGCGUGCAUGUGGGUGGGGUUGCGCAUCGUCCAUUGCACAACUUAUUUAUGUAUUUAAGUGUACUGUGUGUGCGCGCGUGUAAAGUUUGUAGCAGCUGCUUCCUGAUCUGAGUCUCGCUAUUCCCUCCUCUUGUAUCAUUCAGUGUUGUGAGUAGAGAUGUUGCAGAAACUCCUACUCCUUAUAAUACAGGACUUGGCAGUUCAUAAUGCUCAUCGGCUUCAUGGUUUCUGCGCAAUGCAUAUGCAGGCCUACAAAACAUAUUGAUAGGAAACUCCUAGAGCUAGAAUCAGAGUUGGAAGCGACCAUACAGACCAUCUAGUCCAACCUGCCCAGUGCAGGAUCAGCCUAAAGCAUCCCUGACAAAUAUUCAUCCAGCCUCCUCUUGAAAACUGUCAGUGAAGGAGAGCUCACCACCUCGCUAGGCAGCUGAUUCCACUUUUGAACAACUCUGACUGUGAAAAAGUUCUUCCUAAUAUCCAGCCGGUACCUUUGUGCAUGUAAUUUAAGCCCAUUGCUUCGGGUCCUACCCUCUGCGGCCAACUGGAACAGCUCCCUGCCCUCCUCCAAAUGACAGCCUUUCAAAUACUUAAAGAGAGCAAUCAUGUCCCCCCUCAAUCUCCUCCAGACUAACCAUUCCCAAGGCCCUCAGCCUUUCCUCGUAGGGCUCAGUCUCCAGACCCCUGAUCAUCCUCGUCGCUCUCCUCUGCACCCUCUCGAUUUUGGCCACAUCCUUUUUGAAGUGAGCUAAACUUAAAAGUUGCUUUUGCUGGAGUUGCUGAAGAAGAAACAGGCUCAAAUGGAGAUUGGGUUUGAAGCUGGACAGUACCGAUGGUUUAGGCUGAAUCCUGCUCGGUAAUAAGGAUGAGGUCCACGUAGUUUGAGAAAGGGAAGAGACACAGCGUCUGAGGAGAGAGCCUGUUCCAAAAGCGCAGCCCCAAAUCACAAGGUGCGGUUUAUUAUAGCCUGUAAAGUUUUGGCAGUGAUGCCACCUGUAUGGCUGUCUGUGCUAGGGAACAGCACACCAAAGUUUUAACAUUAAGAAGAACAGUCUGAAAAGCCAUAGAUGAGAAAGGAAUUGCAGUCCAGGCUGGAGUGGAGGAAAACCGCUGAAAGGAUUGGAAAAGAAGCAUCGCUCACAACAUUCCCAGAGAAGAUCCUUCAUAGUGCUGCUCUUGCACGGCAGUCAAAAGAACGGAAUAGGACAGUGUGGCUUUGUCUGAGGCACUGUUACAAUCAGCUCUCUCCUCAGGAAAUAAUUUUUAGCCUUAGCUCUACAAUUGAUACUCUGCUCAGACACGAGCGUGCCUACCUGUGUGACUGCCCAGAUGACCACUCCACACCAUUUACAGGUGAGCAGGCCUGUUCCUCAUAACAAAGGCAAACUACAGCCCCAAGUUCUUUUGUGGUUUGGAUAUGCAGUCCAAGCCGGAGAGCAAUGCCCCCUCUUCUUCCUCUCCCAACACUAUUUAGCGUGUGGUGGAGCUGCUGUGGUCAAGCAGUUGGGAACUACAUUUCCCAGGGUGCAUCUCCAGAAUGCUUUGAACGCUGUCAGAACAACUUUCAUUGUGCUGCCGAAGCUUUCUGCCGAUCAGCAUUCUUAGCUGGCCACUCACCUCUGCUUACCUGCCGUAGCAGGUCACAAAUGAGUGUGGGAGUAUUUAAUAUUCCCCCCAUUGAAAUCACUGGGACUUCAGUGCUAAGUUUUAGAUUGUGCCCUAAAGUUGGGAAUCACAACAGUGGAAAAAUAUUUUUAUGGCAUUAUGUGCUCCCAUUUUAGCACCUUUUUAACACAUUUCAACAUGUAUUUAAACUAAGCAUUCCAUUGUGCAGUUUUUCACUGUGCAUCUGUUGAGAGACAUUUUGUGUCAAAAUUCAUGAUUUUACAAAGUCCUUGAAGGGUUUUCGGAUAACUUUAUUUUGGCCUUGUUUGCGACGGGGCUAGGGGCUAGGGUUACUAACCUCUGGGUGGGGCCUGGAGUUCUCCUGGAAUUACAACUGAUCUCCAGGCUAAAGUGAUCAGCUCCCCUGGAGGAAAUGGCUCACGUGGAGGGCCCUCUAUAGGCACUGCCCCCAAACCCCCAAAAUUUCCUAGACUGGAGAUGGCAAAGCUAGCUAGGGCAGCAAGCUUUGGAUUCAGAAGUUCAGUCCCCAGUAGUGUUGUGAAAGAUCCAUGUGUGUCUUGAGAGCUGCAGCUACUCGAGAAUAGACAAUACUGAUCUGACGCAGUAUUAAAGAGAUUAAGGGCUUGGAAGCUGUGCUAGGUAGGGUUGGUAGUUCCAUGGCAGAGCACCUGCUUUGCACACAGAAGGUCCCAGGCUCCAUGCCCAGUGAGGGAUACUAGCAGCCAGUUUCGAGUGUGUUGUUCCCCUUCCCUGCAGUUCUUCUAGGAAGCAGCCAGUGGUUAAUGUUUCAAAGCACCAGUUUAGGACAGUGGACCUGUUGGAUGCUGUUGUAAGAUUCUUCAAAACCUUCAGUUAACUCUUGGCAUAAUUUGCUGGGCUGACUCCUGCCCUGCGGCGUUGUGUUGCUCGUUUGUGUAGAAAAUCUGUACAUCGGCAUCUUGGGAAAACAUUAACUUUUGUGUUUAUAGUCCUUACAAGUUCAGAGGAAUCUGCAGAAGUUUUGAGUGUCGCAUUUUGGGAAUUUCCUGAAGCCAGAAAAGAGCAAAGCACGAGUCCCAGAAGCACAAGGCCAUUAAUGUCCCACUCUACAUUUUGUCUCACCUUCCCCCAGCCUUUAUCUUCCUUCCCUGUACCCAGUAUCUCUUCUGUCGCUUCUCUUUCUGUUCCUCAAGGCCCUGCCAGAACAUUCCAGGGAUCUGGAGAGCAUGAAACCUUACAAAGCCGCAGGGCUUUUUUUCAGCUGGAACGUGGUGAAACGGAG